AAAAAAGUACACAAAAGGAAUCGAUGAGUCACAAUCACAUUAUUUGCUUGUCCGGCUGAAAACCAACUGGAAAAAUACUUUUUUACCAUUCCAACAAUGCAGGUAAGUUGUAGGCAUCAUUUUACAACUGCAUCAUUUUACCACUUACAGACUGUUAUAUGUAACCAGAUCUACUUCCAUAUUUUCAGCAAUACUUGUACGUUUCACACAUAGAAUGACAAGCAGAAUGUUUAAUUGAACAGGCGCUCUGUGGUUUCCCAUGUUUCAGGCCCUGAAGUUCCUCCACGUGCUGCUGUCAGUAGCAGUUCACUCUAAGGUACUGAUGUUCCAGCCUCUGGACUGCGCUGACGUCUACAACAACGGUUCUAAGACCAGUGGUAUCUACAGGAUCUACCCUGCUGGACCCAACUCUCCUCCAUACGUCUACUGUGAUAUGGACACUGACGGAGGGAAAUGGACUGUGAGUAGGCUACCUAGUAGGAAACGGUUUUAACAGAGUACAUAACAGCGUUCAGAUAUUGAGGGUUUGGGCAACACCUUCAGAAUAACAAAUAUUACAACUAAUAUUAUGGCUGAACUCGAAUGUGCUGGUUGAUAAAAUAACUGUAUUUAUGGGAAAGAUGUUUGAAUAGGGUAUUUUUGUUUUUAAAUGAUAUUGUAAAUUGGAAUGGUAGAGUUGUGUAUUUCAUGGAGUUAUUAGAAUCGCAUGGGAAGGUCUGCUCAAUCCAAGAUUACAACCAAUUGAUUACAGCAUUACCCCAAACAUGGAGGAGGCUGGUGGCAGCGGGAGGAGGUAGAGAACUGGUCUGUCUGCCCAAUAUAAAGGAUCAAGGGUGGAGGUAGGGAACUGGUCUGUCUGCCCAAUAUAAAGGAUCAAGGGAGGAGAUAGAGAACUGGUCUGUCUGCCCAAUAUAAAGGAUCAAGGGAGGAGGUAGGGAACUGGUCUGUCUGCCCAAUAUAAAGGAUCAAGGGAGGAGGCAGGGAACUGGUCUGUCUGCCCAAUAUAAAGGAUCAAGGGAGGAGGUAGGGAACUGGUCUGUCUGCCCAAUAUAAAGGAUCAAGGGAGGAGGUAGGGAACUGGUCUGUCUGCCCAAUAUAAAGGAUCAAGGGAGGAGGUAGGGAACUGGUCUGUCUGCCCAAUAUAAAGGAUCAAGGGAGGAGGCAGGGAACUGGUCUGUCUGCCCAAUAUAAAGGAUCAAGGGAGGAGGUAGGGAACUGGUCUGUCUGCCCCAAUAUAAAGGAUCAAGGGAGGAGGUAGGGAACUGGUCUGUCUGCCCAAUAUAAAGGAUCAAGGGAGGAGGUAGGGAACUGGUCUGUCUGCCCAAUAUAAAGGAUCAAGGGAGGAGGUAGGGAACUGGUCUGUCUGCCCAAUAUAAAGGAUCAAGGGAGGAGGUAGGGAACUGGUCUGUCUGCCCAAUAUAAAAGAUCAAGGGAGGAGGUAGGGAACUGGUCUGUCUGCCCAAUAUAAAGGAUCAAGGGAGGAGGUAGGGAACUGGUCUGUCUGCCCAAUAUAAAGGAUCAAGGGAGGAGGUAGGGAACUGGUCUGUCUGCCCAAUAUAAAGGAUCAAGGGAGGAGGUAGGGAACUGGUCUGUCUGCCCAAUAUAAAUAAUAAAAAUAGCAUGAAUAGGAAAGUAUAGCAGUUUCAUUUGAGGACCAGGAUGUUGACAGCUGUGUGCCAUGCAGAUUGCAAAAUAGUUGGGAAGAGAUUUUUGAUAUACCGAUUCCAUGGUAUAUAGAAUUCUUGCCACCAACAAAAUGUUGAAUAUUUGGGGCAUACAAUCAUCGCAGCUCUGCAGAUUGUGUUGUGAGGAUACAGAAUCAAUAGACCAUUUAUUUUGGUAUUGCCCUCAGGUAGCCUGGUUCUGGUCUCAGGUUCAGGAAUGGCUGAAAAUGCAUAACAUUCAUCUAAAAUUGACCCUAGAAAUAGGACUGUUGGGAGAUCUGGAGAGACCGGGUCAAUCAACUACUAAUAUACUAACACUCUUAGUAAAAAGUAUUUAUCUUCAACUCACAAUCUGUGGAUUCUAUUCGAUUAGAUAUAUUGAAAUUGUAUGCUUAAACAUCACAGCAUAGUUGAAAGAUAUACAGUGAGGGAAAAAAGUAUUUGAUCCCCUGCUGAUUUUGUAAGUUUGCCCACUGACAUAGACAUGAUCAGUCUAUAAUUUUAAUGGUAGGUUUAUUUGAACAGUGAGAGACAGAAUAACAACAAAAAAAUCCAGAAAAACGCAUGUCAAAAAUGUUAUAAAUUGAUUUGCAUUUUAAUGAGGGAAAUAAGUAUUUGACCCCUCUGCAAAACAUGACUUAGUACUUGGUGGCAAAACCCUUGUUGGCAAUCACAGAGGUCAGAUGUUUCUUGUAGUUGGCCACCAGGUUUGCACACAUCUCAGGAGGGAUUUUGUUCCACUCCUCUUUGCAGAUCUUUUCCAAGUCAUUAAGGUUUCGAGGCUGAUGUUUGGCAACUCGAACCUUCAGCUCCCUCCACAGAUUCUCUAUGGGAUUAAGGUCUGGAGACUGGCUAGGCCACUCCAGGAUCUUAAUGUGCCUCUUCUUGAGCUACUCCUUUGUUGCCUUGGCCGUGUAUUUUGGGUCAUUGUCAUGCUGGAAUACCCAUCCACGACCCAUUUUCAAUGCCCUGGCUGAGGGAAGGAGGUUCUCACCCAAGAUUUGACGGUACAUGGCCCCGUCCAUCGUCCCUUUGAUGGUGUGAAGUUGUCCUGUCCCCUUAGCAGAAAAACACCCCCAAAGCAUAAUGUUUCCACCUCCAUGUUUGACGGUGGGGAUGGUGUUCUUGGGGUCAUAGGCAGCAUUCCUCCUCCUCCAAACACGGCGAGUUGAGAUGAUGCCAAAGAGAUCGAUUUUGGUCUCAUCUGACCACAACACUUUCACCCAGUUCUUGAUAGAGGAAUUAUGAUUAUGACUAAAAUUGUUCACCCCCGAUACUGUGUGAACUGUGUUAGGGUUAUCAUUAUAAACCCACUAACAGAGGGGGGUGAGUUAGAAACUGCUGAGACAAACAUUCCAGGAUGAAGGGGACUUAGAAACUGGUUAAAGGCCUCCUAAAGGUGGGCGGCGCAAAGUGUGUUUUGGCGGGAGAGCUCUCCAUUAUUAAAUAAUACAGAUCAUUCUUGCUGGUUGUGGACCUUUGUUUAUUUAAUUCAUUAUUAAAACCAGAGCCUUACACCCUCUGGGAAUUAUUCAAAGCAUUGAGUUUAAUUAGAUAAAUAAAUUCUCGUGACAAAUGGUCCUUCGAGCCGGAUCUCAAAAUACGUCUUUGUCGUUCCCACAGGUGAACUAAAGGAGAAGGUGACCCACUCUAUCUAACCAGGUGACUGGUGUGGAUCCAGUCCCUAAAGAAGAAAGACUGGAAGCACGCCUGUUGGGAAGGGCCCUAUCAGGUUAUAUUGGUCACUGCCUUUGCCAUUAGAAUAGCAGAGAGAGCAACCUGGGUCCAUGUUACCCACUGCAAGAGGGUAAGACCACAUACAAGCACCACUGAACACACGCAGAGUUAGAGAGAAGAACUGGACCAAUAGGGUCUGGGGAUCACCUCUGUUAACGAAGAUCUCCUACCCCGACCUAUCAUCACUGUAGUGUGUUCUCAGGGUGUGAGUACAGGGUAGUACCAAGCAGAAAGACUGAGGGCAGGAGAGGGUUGGUGGUUUUUGUGAAUAUGGAUAACCUGAGCUGCAUCAUAGUCUCGGCAAUGGUCCUGAUAUGUCAAGAUCCACCACCACACCUACGCUAUGCCCUUACCAUUGUUAAGAAGUCAAAGAGAAGAGAAGCGACCCGACAUACUGACCGUCAAGGACGAGUGGCCUACAAAAUGGGAGUCAGAGAAGGGCAGACUGUAGGAUUCAAAAUAAGGGUUAGGGACGUAGCCAACGGGUGGGGUACAUGUCAACAAGCAAUUUGGGAUUAUAAAAUCCCAUAAUAUUCGUGUUCGAGCCCCACGGCGGAUUGUUCCUAGACUCAAGUGUUUAAAAACACACUUGGGGACGGGGAUAUGAGACCGGGCGGGACUGGACAUCCAGAUGGGGGGUAAAGAGAAACAAAGACAUCACCAAUUAUCAAUUGGAGAUAGUAGUAAUGUGACUGACUUAAGUUCGGAAGCACAGGAGAGAAUUCUAAACCUCACAGCCCCUGUAACCGAUGUGUGGUGGGCGUGUGCCAGUAAAAGGCAGUAUAAGGCAGAUAAUUCCAAAAGGGUGGCUGGGUACCUGCGCCCUGGUUCUACUGAUUCAGCUAGUUAGAAUUAGUCACCAGGAACCAAGGAAAGGGUUAAACAGAUGUAGGAGGAGUUUUAACAAGAAGGAGAAUAGCCCUAUUUAGAUGGAUGCGAUUGGGGUACCAAGGGGGGUAUCGGAUGGAUACCGAGCUAUGAAACAAGUAGGGGAAGGAUUUACUACCACGUUCUUUUGGUGGAUGACAAUAAACAAAAAUUGUGGACCAACAACGAUUUAUUGGCCAGACUAGGGAUGCAGUAAAGGGGAUCUCUGAACAAUUAUCCGCCACCUCACUCAUGACUUGGAAAAAUAGGUUGGCUCUAGAUCAGGCAGAAAGGGGCGGUGUCUAUAGAAUGGUGGCCGUUGUUGCACAUUUAUCCCUAACAACACCGCACCGGAUGGGACAGUCACCAGAGCUCUAGCAGGAUUGAUUGCUCUAAGUGAAGAAUGGGCUGAGAACUCAGGGAGUUAAUACAUCUUUGAUAGGGUGAUUUGAUGAAAUGUUUGGUAAAUGGAAAAAGAUAGCAGCCACCGCAAUUGGAUGCAAUUGCUUGGUAUUAUGUGGUUGUUGUUGUCUUGUUCCCUGUGUCCGAGGGUUGGUGAGUAAGGCGUUGGAGAAAUGCAGUGUCUCAACCGAUGGUGAGAUAUGGACGGAAUCCGGACUCUGACCAGUGGAAUGUGAAAAACGAUCCUCCAGGCUUGGUGGAUGACGAGGACUUUGACCCUGAAAGACCGCAAUUGGAUGAAACGUUUAUUAGUUCUGAUGUAUGAAGGUCAGAUUGAUCAUGCUUGUAAAUACAUUUAUCCUGAGGGUGUAACAAUUUAGUCAAAGGGUGAAUUGAUAGAGGAAUUAUGAUUAUGACUAAAAUUGUUCACCCCGAUACUGAUGAUGACUGUGAGAACUGUGUUAGGGUUAUCAUUGUAAACCCACUAACAGAGGGGGGGGGGGGGGGGGGGAGUUAGAAACUGCUGAGACAAACAUUCCAGGAUGAAGGGGACUUAGAAACUGGUUACAGGGUGCCUAAAGAUGGGCGGAGCAAAGUUCCUUUGUGUGAAGGGGUAUUAAAGGCGAUGUGUGUGUGUGUUUUGGCGGGAGAGCUCUCCAUGAUUAAAUACUACAGAUCAUUCUUGCUGGUUCUGGACCUUUGUUUAAUUCAUGAUUAAAACCAGAGCCUUACACCCUCUGGGAAUUAUUCAAAGCAUUGAGUUUAAUUAGAGAUAGAAAUUCUCGUGACAGUUCUCCUCUGAAUCGUUCAGAUGUUCAUUGGCAAACUUCAGACGGGCCUGUAUAUGUGCUUUCUUGAGCAGGGGGACCUUGCGGGCGCUGCAGGAUUUCAGUCCUACACGGCGUAGUGUGUUACCAAUUGUUUUCUUGGUGACUAUGGUCCCAGCUGCCUUGAGAUCAUUAACAAGAUCCUCCCGUGUAGUUCUGGGCUGAUUCCUCACCGUUCUCAUGAUCAUUGCAACUCCACGAGGUGAGAUUUUGCAUGGAGCCCCAGGCCGAGGGAGAUUGACAGAGCUUUUGUGUUUCUUCCAUUUGCGAAUAAAUCGCACCAAAUGUUGUCACCUUCUCACCAAGCUGCUUGGCGAUGGUCUUGUAGCCCAUUCCAGCCUUGUGUAGGUCUACAAUCUUGUCCCUGACAUCCUUGGAGAGCUCUUUGGUCUUGGCCAUGGUGGAGAGUUUGGAAUCUGAUUGACUGAUUGCUUCUGUGGACAGGUGUCAUUUAUACAGGUAACAAACUGAGAUUAGGAGCACUCCCUUUAAGAGUGUGCUCCUAAUCUCAGCUCGUUACCUGUAUAAAAGACACCUGGGAGCCAGAAAUCUUUCUGAUUGAGAGGGGGUCAAAUACUUAUUUCCCUCAUUAAAAUGCAAAUCAAUUUAUAACAUUUUUGACAUGCGUUUUUCUGAAUUUUUUUGUUGUUAUUCUGUCUCUCACUGUUCAAAUAAACCUACCAUUAAAAUUAUAGACUGACCAUUUCUUUGUCAGUGGGCAAACGUACAAAAUCAAAAGGGGAUCAAAUACUUUUUUCCCCUCACUGUAUGGUGCCAUACUAGACAGCCUCAACACCUUCAGAUCAUAAUAGUCAGCCUCAACACCUUCAGACCAUACUAGUCAGCCUCAACACCAUCCUAGUCAGCCUCAACACCAUCCUAGUCAGCAUCAACACCUUCAGACCAUCCUAGUCAGCCUCAACACCUUCAGACCAUACUAGUCAGCAUCAACACCUUCAGACCAUACUAGUCAGCCUCAACACCAUCCUAGUCAGCCUCAACACCAUCCUAGUCAGCAUCAACACCUUCAGACCAUACUAGUCAGCCUCAACACCUUCAGACCAUACUAGUCAGCCUCAACACCUUCAGACCAUCCUAGUCAGCAUCAACACCUUCAGACCAUCCUAGUCAGCCUCAACACCUUCAGACCAUCCUAAUCAGCCUCAACACCUUCAGACCAUACUAGUCAGCCUCAACACCUUCAGACCAUACUAGUCAGCCUCAACACCAUCACACCAUCCUAGUCAGCCUCAACACCUUCACACCAUCCUAGUCAGCCUCAACACCUUCAGACCAUCCUGGUCAGCCUCAACACCUUCAGACCAUACUAGUCAGCCUCAACACCUUCAGACCAUCCUAGUCAGCCUCAACACCAUACUAGUCAGCCUCAACACCUUCAGACCAUCCUAGUCAGCCUCAACACCUUCAGACCAUACUAGUCAGCCUCAACACCUUCAGACCAUCCUAGUCAGCCUCAACACCUUCAGACCAUCCUAGUCAGCCUCAACACCUUCAGACCAUACUAGUCAGCCUCAACACCUUCAGACCAUCCUAGUCAGCCUCAACACCUUCAGACCAUACUAGUCAGCCUCAACACCUUCAGACCAUACUAGUCAGCCUCAACACCUUCAGACCAUCCUGGUCAGCCUCAACACCUUCAGACCAUACUAGUCAGCCUCAACACCUUCAGACCAUCCUAGUCAGCCUCAACACCAUACUAGUCAGCCUCAACACCUUCAGACCAUCCUAGUCAGCCUCAACACCAUACUAGUCAGCCUCAACACCUUCAGACCAUACUAGUCAGCCUCAACACCUUCAGACCAUCCUAGUCAGCCUCAACACCUUCAGACCAUACUAGUCAGCCUCAACACCUUCAGACCAUCCUAGUCAGCCUCAACACCUUCAGACCAUCCUAGUCAGCCUCAACACCAUACUAGUCAGCCUCAACACCUUCAGACCAUCCUAGUCAGCCUCAACACCUUCAGACCAUCCUAGUCAGCCUCAACACCUUCAGACCAUCCUAGUCAGCCUCAACACCUUCAGACCAUCCUAGUCAGCCUCAACACCUUCAGACCAUCCUAGUCAGCCUCAACACCAUACUAGUCAGCCUCAACACCUUCAGACCAUCCUAGUCAGCCUCAACACCUUCAGACCAUACUAGUCAGCCUCAACACCAUCCUAGUCAGCCUCAACACCAUCCUAGUCAGCCUCAACACCAUCACACCAUCCUAGUCAGCCUCAACACCUUCAGACCAUCCUAGUCAGCCUCAACACCAUACUAGUCAGCCUCAACACCUUCAGACCAUCCUAGUCAGCCUCAACACCUUCAGACCAUCCUAGUCAGCCUCAACACCUUCAGACCAUACUAGUCAGCCUCAACACCUUCAGACCAUCCUAGUCAGCCUCAACACCAUCAGACCAUCCUAGUCAGCAUCAACACCUUCAGACCAUCCUAGUCAGCCUCAACACCUUCAGACCAUACUAGUCAGCCUCAGCACCAUCCUAGUCAGCCUCAACACCAUCCUAGUCAGCCUCAACACCAUCCUAGUCAGCCUCAACACCAUCCUAGUCAGCCUCAACACCUUCAGACCAUACUAGUCAACCUCAACACCUUCAGACCAUACUAGUCAACCUCAACACCUUCAGACCAUACUAGUCAACCUCAACACCUUCAGACCAUACUAGUCAGCCUCAACACCUUCAGACCAUACUAGUCAGCCUCAACACCUUCACACCAUACUAGUCAGCCUCAGCACCGUCAGAUCAUACUAGUCAGCAUCAACAAAUACGUGAUACAUCGACAUACACUGAUCUUGUUGAAGUAUUUUAAUACAACAGUAUUCUGCGAGAUGAGAGGUCUGAUCAACCGUAUUUUAACACAACAGUAUUCUGCCAGAUGAGAGGUCUGAUCAACCGUAUUUUAAUACAACAGUAUUCUGCCAGAUAAGAGGUCUGAUCAACCGUAUUUUAAUACAACAGUAUUCUGCGAGAUGAGGUCUGAUCAACCGUAUUUUAACACAACAGUAUUCUGCCAGAUAAGAGGUCUGAUCUUUUUCCUCUCCUUCUCUCCCUCCCUCUCCAUCUCUCCCUCCCUCUCCUUCACCCGCCUCCCUCUCCUUCACCCGCCUCCCUCUCCUUCUCUCCCUCCCUCUCCUUCACCCGCCUCCCUCUCCUUCACCCGCCUCUCUCUCCUUCUCUCCCUCCCUCUCCUUCACCCGCCUCCCUCUCCUUCACCCGCCUCCCUCUCCUUCUCUCCCUCCCUCUCCUUCACCCGCCUCCCUCUCCUUCACCCGCCUCUCUCUCCUUCUCUCCCUCCCUCUCCUUCACCCGCCUCCCUCUCCUUCACCCGCCUCCCUCUCCUUCACCCGCCUCCCUCUCCUUCACCCGCCUCCCUCUCCCUCCUUCUAGGUGUUCCAGAGGAGGAUGGAUGGAACAGUGAACUUCUACAGAGGAUGGGACCAGUACAAGAACGGCUUUGGACAUGCAGCGGGAGAGUACUGGCUGGGUAAGGACUUAUUUAAAAAGCCUUUUCAAGGACAGAUCACCAAUGGAAAAACCUGGAUAAUAUAAUGAAUAAUUGGUAGUUAACUGAAUUCUCUAUAGUGAGGUUGUUGUGACAGUCAGUAGAUAGGCAGGUCGAUCACAACAAGACCAUUGUGGUCUACCAAAAACAUUUAGUUGGUGUGUAAAACCAGUGAGUCUAGAAAUGCAACCUCCCACACUACCCCAAAGCAGUAAAAAAAUACACUUUUAUGACCCCUCUAUAGAAAGAUUGAAGGUCCCCCGUUACCAGUUUUUAAAAAAUGAAUGGAAGUAUAUAUGGAGACUGUUUAGUGCCAAAAAUAAGGGGUUAAAUACAUGUUAAAAUAACAAAAAAACAUUUAUAAUCUCUCAGAUAUAGGACAGGGGGGGACUAUUCAAUGUGUUUGUAUGGGCUAAUAGCAGUAAGGACUAUCUGUUGUUCCAUGUAGUGAAUCUGUUAUUCAAUGUGUUUGUAUGGGCUAAUAGCAGUAAGGACUAUCUGUUGUUCCAUGUAGUGAAUCUGUUAUUCAAUGUGUUUGUAUGGGCUAAUAGCAGUAAGGACUAUCUGUUGUUCCAGGUAGUGAAUAUGUUAUUCAAUGUGUUUGUAUGGGCUAAUAGCAGUAAGGACUAUCUGUUGUUCCAGGUAGUGAAUCUGUUAUUCAAUGUGUUUGUAUGGGCUAAUAGCAGUAAGGCCAAAUUAAUUUUUUCAUCAAUUCAUUUUUUACGUACAGUACCAGUCAAAAUUUGACACACCUACUCAUUCAUGGGUUUUUCUUUAUUUUUUUUACUAUUUUCUACAUUGUAGAAUAAUAGUGAAGACAUCAAAACUAUGAAAUAACACAUAUGGAAUCAUGUAGUAACCAAAAAAGAGUAAAACAAAUCAAGAUAUAUUUUAUAUUUGAGAUUCUUCAAAUAGCCACCCUUUGCCUUGAUGACACCAAAAUUGGUUCUGUGAAAGUUCCCAGAACACAAAAACUGUCCAGUUGUGCUGAUAAUUAUAGAACGUUCGUAUAAAACAUUUGCCUGAUGUUGCAAGAACGUUCCAAAAUCACAUUUAAUCUGUUCUUUAAAAAAGGUUCCCAGAAUGUUUCAUUAGAUUGUGGGAACAGUCUUGUGAGAACAUAGUGGGGACAUCACUAAAGAUAUGUUCCCAAAACACAAAAACUGUCCAGUUGUGCUGAUUAUUACAAUACUGUUGAUUGUAAAAACAUUUGCCUGAUGUUGCAAGAACAUUCCCAGAACAAAUGUUUUUAUGUUCUUUAAAAGAUCCUAAAACAUUGACUGUCCACGGGUCCAUUCGGAAUGGGUCUCCGUUUCUUUACAUUAAUUUAUGCAUAUCGGGUCGGUUGGGAAAGCCACGGAUCCCUUUCGGAGGACCUCUAGUACACAGUAUGAAGUUUCAGUAAGUAGUAGUCAAGACAUAUUUCGGACACUGCCUUUGUACUAGUCUAAAGAGAGUUUGUGAAGGAAAAGUCAUUGCGUUGCAAGAUGGCCGCUCCAACGCCACCGCUACUUCUGGCCUAGUCACUAAAGGCUACUACCAACACUACUAUCACCACCACCAUCAUCACCACCACCAUCACCACCACCAUCACCACCACCAUCACCACCCCACUACUAUUUAUAACACAGUCACUACUCUUCAUUGGUUGCACCCUCCAUCACCCGGUCGCGUCACGCCAUUGUUGUGAACAUUCUAAAUAUGCCUCAGCCAUACUGAUUCCCAGAAGUCAAGCGGUAGUACCCAGUCAUUCUGAACGGUGGCUAAUGACAAAUUAUAAAAUUAGAAUAUAGUGGCCUGGAAACAGGUUCCUACAUUAUGCAAAUAAUUAGUAGGAAACAACUUUGCCAUCAUUAUGAUGUCGUCCGAAUUACUUUUAGACGGAUGGCAAUGUUGCCAUUAGCUAGUGAAGUUCGUAAAAAAAAUACCUAGCAUUCCUAACGUUAGCUAGCUAAAAUCUGGUGCUCUUCCCUUUUAUCUUAACUAGCUAGCUAAAGUUAUACUGUGGUCCUUGUGGUCCUUAGUUGUGGUCGUCUGUAGCUCAAUUGGUAGAGCACGGCGCUUGUAAAGCCAGGGUAGUGGGUUCGAUUCCCGGGACCACCCAUACGUAAAAAUGUAUGCACACAUGACUGUAAGUCGCUUUGGAUAAAAGCGUCUGCUAAAUGGCAUAUUAUUAUUAUAUAUUAUACUACAGCUAAAAGUCAAUCUGAUGACAUCACAACGACGACAGAAGGUUGUCCUACUAAUUAUUUGCCUCCUUUAGAAAUGGCAUUGUGUUUCCAAGCCACUAUUUUCAUCAGCACCAAUUGACAAUACAUUGAGUAGAAGGUUCAGUCAGGAGUGUCUUAUUUCCAGUCGGAAGUCACACCGUUCAAAACAAUAUUGUGACGAAACGUGCAACACAUUAACACUAGCCUCAAAUUUGUCAACCCUCAGCCUCUAACAAUUUAAACCUCUAAACUUCUUCCACUAACAUAACAAUCCUUCUGGACAGCUGAAGCAUAUCGCCAUUUUUCUUCAAUAAAAAAAAAAACAGUUUCUAGCUGCAUUUUAGAAACGUCUGUCCCACAUGGAGGUGACGCAGGGUUUUGGUUCCGGGUUUCCAAGAUGAGGCGCUACGGAUCACAGAUCUGGUAUUUCUAUGCAUUAUUCGAUCAAGUGGUUCAAAGUAAAACAACAUGUGACAAUUUACUAACAAAAUAUGAACAGAAAGGUAGAGUACACGCAUGUUCUGGUGUAACGUCGAGACAACUUACGGAUAAUACGGAUAAAAUAAAAACACUUGUUUAAAAAGACUGAGAAAGUCCAGGGAAUUACAAAAGUGGAACUGCCCGUAUUGUGAAAUCGUGUUUGCUACCCUGAUAAAUAUUAGCCAAUCAUGAUCCACCCACCCCUUCUAAAAAAAGUACACAAAAGGACGGAUGAGUCACAAUCACAUUAUUUGCUUGUCCGGCUGAAAACCAACUGGAAAAAUACUUUUUUACCAUUCCAACAAUGCAGGUAAGUUGUAGGCAUCAUUUUACAACUGCAUCAUUUUACCACUUACAGACUGUUAUAUGUAAUCAGAUCUACUUCCAUAUUUUGAGCAGUAAUUGUACGUUUCACACACAGAAUGACAAGCAGAAUGUUAAUUGAACAGGCGCUCUGUGGUUUCCCAUGUUUCAGGCCCUGAAGUUCCUCCACGUGCUGCUGUCAGUAGCAGUUCACUCUAAGGUACUGAUGUUCCAGCCUCUGGACUGCGCUGACGUCUACAACAACGGUUCUAAGACCAGUGGUAUCUACAGGAUCUACCCUGCUGGGCCCAACUCUCCUCCAUACGUCUACUGUGAUAUGGACACUGACGGAGGGAAAUGGACUGUGAGUAGGCUACCUAGUAGGAAACGGUUUUAACAGAGUACAUAACAGCGUUCAGAUAUUGAGGGUUUGGGCAACACCUUCAGAAUAACAAAUAUUACAACUAAUAUUAUGGCUGAACUCGAAUGUGCUGGUUGAUAAAAUAACUGUAUUUAUGGGAAAGAUGUUUGAAAAGGGUAUUUUUGUUUUUAAAUGAUAUUGUAAAUUGGAAUGGUAGAGUUGUGUAUUUCAUGGAGUUAUUAGAAUCGCAUGGGAAGGUCUGCUCAAUCCAAGAUUACAACCAAUUGAUUACAGCAUUACCCCAAACAUGGAGGAGGCUGGUGGCAGCGGGAGGAGGUAGGGAACUGGUCUGUCUGCCCAGUAUAAAGGAUCAAGGGAGGAGGUAGGGAACUGGUCUGUCUGCCCAAUAUAAAGGAUCAAGGGAGGAGGUAGGGAACUGGUCUGUCUGCCCAGUAUAAAGGAUCAAGGGAGGAGGUAGGGAACUGGUCUGUCUGCCCAAUAUAAAGGAUCAAGGGAGGAGGUAGGGAACUGGUCUGUCUGCCCAAUAUAAAGGAUCAAGGGAGGAGGUAGGGAACUGGUCUGUCUGCCCAAUAUAAAGGAUCAAGGGAGGAGGUAGGGAACUGGUCUGUCUGCCCAAUAUAAAGGAUCAAGGGAGGAGGUAGGGAACUGGUCUGUCUGCCCAAUAUAAAGGAUCAAGGGAGGAGGUAGGGAACUGGUCUGUCUGCCCAAUAUAAAGGAUCAAGGGAGGAGGUAGGGAACUGGUCUGUCUGCCCAAUAUAAAGGAUCAAGGGAGGAGGUAGGGAACUGGUCUGUCUGCCCAAUAUAAAGGAUCAAGGGAGGAGGUAGGGAACUGGUCUGUCUGCCCAAUAUAAAGGAUCAAGGGAGGAGGUAGGGAACUGGUCUGUCUGCCCAGUAUAAAGGAUCAAGGGAGGAGGUAGGGAACUGGUCUGUCUGCCCAAUAUAAAGGAUCAAGGGAGGAGGUAGGGAACUGGUCUGUCUGCCCAAUAUAAAGGAUCAAGGGAGGAGGUAGGGAACUGGUCUGUCUGCCCAAUAUAAAGGAUCAAGGGAGGAGGUAGGGAACUGGUCUGUCUGCCCAGUAUAAAGGAUCAAACUGGCGGAGGAACAAAAAUAGCAUAAAUAGGAAGGUAUACCCGUUUCAUUUGAGGACCAGGAUGUUGACAGCUGUGCCAUACAGAUUGCAAAAUAUGAUAUACCGAUUCCAUGGUACAGGGUGUAUGAGUUGAUAUAUAAAACGACGCAAGAUUCAAGACUUCGUGCUUUUCAGCUAAAAUUAUUAUAUAGAAAUCUUGCCACCAACAAAAUGUUGAAUAUUUGGGGCAUACAAUCAUCGAAGCUCUGCAGAUUGUGUUGUGAGGAUACAGAAUCAAUAAACCAUUUAUUUUGGUAUUGCCCUCAGGUAGCCUGGUUCUGGUCUCAGGUUCAGGAAUGGAUGAAAAUGCAUAACAUUGAUCUAAAAUUGACCCUAGAAAUAGGACUGUUGGGAGAUCUGGAGAGACCGGGUCAAUCAACUACUAAUAUACUAACACUCUUAGUAAAAAGUAUUUAUCUUCAACUCACAAUCUGUGGAUUCUAUUCGAUUAGAUAUAUUGAAAUUGUAUGCUUAAACAUCACAGCAUAGUUGAAAGACAUAUGGUGCCAUCCUAGUCAGCCUCAACACCUUCAGACCAUCCUGGUCAGCCUCAACACCUUCAGACCAUACUAGUCAGCCUCAACACCUUCAGACCAUACUAGUCAGUCUCAACACCAUCCUAGUCAGCCUCAACACCUUCAGACCAUCCUGGUCAGCCUCAACACCUUCAGACCAUACUAGUCAGCCUCAACACCUUCAGACCAUACUAGUCAGCCUCAACACCUUCAGACCAUCCUAGUCAGCCUCAACACCUUCAGACCAUCCUGGUCAGCCUCAACACCUUCAGACCAUCCUAGUCAGCCUCAACACCUUCAGACCAUACCUAGUCAGCCUCAACACCUUCAGACCAUCCUAGUCAGCCUCAACACCUUCAGACCAUACUAGUCAGCCUCAACACCUUCAGACCAUACUAGUCAGCCUCAACACCUUCAGACCAUACUAGUCAGCCUCAACACCUUCAGACCAUCCUGGUCAGCAUCAACACCUUCAGACCAUCCUAGUCAGCCUCAACACCUUCAGACCAUACUAGUCAGCCUCAACACCUUCAGACCAUACUAGUCAGCCUCAACACCUUCAGACCAUCCUAGUCAGCUCAACACCAUUCAGACCAUCCUAGUCACCUUCAGACCAUACUAGUCAGCCUCAACACCUUCAGACCAUACUAGUCAGCCUCAACACCUUCAGACCAUCCUAGUCAGCCUCAACACCUUCAGACCAUCCUAGUCAGCCUCAACACCAUACUAGUCAGCCUCAACACCUUCAGACCAUCCUAGUCAGCCUCAACACCAUACUAGUCAGCCUCAACACCUUCAGACCAUACUAGUCAACCUCAACACCAUACUAGUCAGCCUCAACACCAUCCUAGUCAGCCUCAACACCAUACUAGUCAGCCUCAACACCUUCAGACCAUACUAGUCAGCCUCAACACCAUACUAGUCAGCCUCAACACCAUACUAGUCAGCCUCAACACCUUCAGACCAUCCUAGUCAGCCUCAACACCUUCAGACCAUACUAGUCAGCCUCAACACCUUCAGACCAUACUAGUCAGCCUCAACACCUUCAGACCAUACUAGUCAGCCUCAACACUUUCAGACCAUACUAGUCAGCCUCAACACCUUCAGACCAUCCUAGUCAGCCUCAACACCAUACUAGUCAGCCUCAACACCUUCAGACCAUCCUAGUCAGCCUCAACACCUUCACACCAUACUAGUCAGCCUCAACACCUUCACACCAUACUAGUCAGCCUCAACACCAUACUAGUCAGCCUCAACACCUUCAGACCAUACUAGUCAGCCUCAACACCAUACUAGUCAGCCUCAACACCUUCAGACCAUCCUAGUCAGCCUCAACACCAUACUAGUCAGCCUCAACACCUUCAGACCAUCCUAGUCAGCCUCAACACCAUACUAGUCAGCCUCAACACUUUCAGACCAUACUAGUCAGCCUCAACACCUUCAGACCAUCCUAGUCAGCCUCAACACCAUACUAGUCAGCCUCAACACCUUCAGACCAUCCUAGUCAGCCUCAACACCUUCAGACCAUACUAGUCAGCCUCAACACCUUCAGACCAUCCUAGUCAGCCUCAACACCAUACUAGUCAGCCUCAACACCUUCAGACCAUCCUAGUCAGCCUCAACACCAUCCUAGUCAGUCUCAACACCUUCAGACCAUACUAGUCAGCCUCAACACCUUCAGACCAUCCUAGUCAGCCUCAACACCUUCAGACCAUCCUAGUCAGCCUCAACACCUUCAGACCAUACUAGUCAGCCUCAACACCUUCAGACCAUCCUAGUCAGCCUCAACACCAUACUAGUCAGCCUCAACACCUUCAGACCAUACUAGUCAGCCUCAACACCUUCAGACCAUACUAGUCAGCCUCAACACCAUACUAGUCAGCCUCAACACUUUCAGACCAUCCUAGUCAGCCUCAACACCUUCAGACCAUCCUAGUCAGCCUCAACACCAUACUAGUCAGCCUCAACACCUUCAGACCAUACUAGUCAGCCUCAACACCUUCAGACCAUACUAGUCAGCCUCAACACUUUCAGACCAUACUAGUCAGCCUCAACACCUUCAGACCAUACUAGUCAGCCUCAACACCAUACUAGUCAGCCUCAACACUUUCAGACCAUACUAGUCAGCCUCAACACCUUCAGACCAUCCUAGUCAGCCUCAACACCAUACUAGUCAGCCUCAACACCUUCAGACCAUACUAGUCAGCCUCAACACCAUCCUAGUCAGCCUCAACACCUUCAGACCAUCCUAGUCAGCCUCAACACCAUCCUAGUCAGCCUCAACACCUUCAGACCAUACUAGUCAGCCUCAACACCUUCAGACCAUCCUAGUCAGCCUCAACACCUUCACACCAUACUAGUCAGCCUCAACACCAUACUAGUCAGCCUCAACACCUUCAGACCAUACUAGUCAGCCUCAACACCUUCACACCAUACUAGUCAGCCUCAACACCUUCACACCAUACUAGUCAGCCUCAACACCAUACUAGUCAGCCUCAACACCAUCACACCAUACUAGUCAGCCUCAACACCUUCAGACCAUACUAGUCAGCCUCAACACCAUCCUAGUCAGCCUCAACACCUUCAGACCAUCCUAGUCAGCCUCAACACCAUCCUAGUCAGCCUCAACACCUUCAGACCAUACUAGUCAGCCUCAACACCUUCAGACCAUCCUAGUCAGCCUCAACACCUUCAGACCAUACUAGUCAGCCUCAACACCUUCAGACCAUCCUAGUCAGCCUCAACACCUUCAGACCAUACUAGUCAGCCUCAACACCUUCAGACCAUCCUAGUCAGCCUCAACACCAUACUAGUCAGCCUCAACACCUUCAGACCAUCCUAGUCAGCCUCAACACCUUCAGACCAUACUAGUCAGCCUCAACACCUUCAGACCAUCCUAGUCAGCCUCAACACCUUCAGACCAUACUAGUCAGCCUCAACACCUUCAGACCAUACUAGUCAGCCUCAACACCUUCACACCAUCCUAGUCAGCCUCAACACCAUCCUAGUCAGCCUCAACACCUUCAGACCAUACUAGUCAGCCUCAACACCUUCAGACCAUCCUAGUCAGCCUCAACACCUUCACACCAUACUAGUCAGCCUCAACACCAUACUAGUCAGCCUCAACACCUUCAGACCAUCCUAGUCAGCCUCAACACCAUACUAGUCAGCCUCAACACCUUCAGACCAUACUAGUCAGCCUCAACACCUUCAGACCAUCCUAGUCAGCCUCAACACCAUCACACCAUACUAGUCAGCCUCAACACCAUACUAGUCAGCCUCAACACCUUCAGACCAUCCUAGUCAGCCUCAACACCUUCAGACCAUACUAGUCAGCCUCAACACCUUCAGACCAUCCUAGUCAGCCUCAACACCUUCAGACCAUCCUAGUCAGCCUCAACACCUUCAGACCAUACUAGUCAGCCUCAACACCUUCAGACCAUCCUAGUCAGCCUCAACACCUUCAGACCAUACUAGUCAGCCUCAACACCUUCACACCAUACUAGUCAGCCUCAACACCAUACUAGUCAGCCUCAACACCUUCAGACCAUCCUAGUCAGCCUCAACACCAUACUAGUCAGCCUCAACACCUUCAGACCAUCCUAGUCAGCCUCAACACCUUCAGACCAUACUAGUCAGCCUCAACACCUUCACACCAUACUAGUCAGCCUCAACACCAUACUAGUCAGCCUCAACACCUUCAGACCAUCCUAGUCAGCCUCAACACCUUCAGACCAUCCUAGUCAGCCUCAACACCUUCAGACCAUCCUAGUCAGCCUCAACACCUUCAGACCAUCCUAGUCAGCCUCAACACCUUCAGACCAUACUAGUCAGCCUCAACACCUUCACACCAUACUAGUCAGCCUCAACACCAUACUAGUCAGCCUCAACACCUUCAGACCAUACAGGUCUGAUCAACCGUAUUUUAAUACAACAGUAUUCUGCCAGAUAAUAGGUCUGAUCAAUCGUUGCUACUGAAUUCUCCUGAGUCAGUACUUGACGACAUGGCCUAGUUGCUUACAAUGUUUCCUCUCCUUCACCCGCCUCCCUCUCCUUCUCUCCCUCCCUCUCCUUCACCCGCCUCCCUCUCCUUCUCUCCUUCUCUCCCUCCCUCCCUCUCCAUCUCUCCCUCCCUCUCCUUCUCUCCCUCCCUCUCCUUCACCCGCCUCCCUCUCCCUCCUUCUAGGUGUUCCAGAGGAGGAUGGAUGGAACAGUGAACUUCUACAGAGGAUGGGACCAGUACAAGAACGGCUUUGGACAUGCAGCGGGAGAGUACUGGCUGGGUAAGGACUUAUUUAAAAAGCCUUUUCAAGGACAGAUCACCAAUGGAAAAACCUGGAUAAUAUAAUGAAUAAUUGGUAGUUAACUGAAUUCUCUAUAGUGAGGUUGUUGUGACAGUCAGUAGAUAGGCAGGUCGAUCACAACAAGACCAUUGUGGUCUACCAAAAACAUUUAGUUGGUGUGUAAAACCAGUGAGUCUAGAAAUGCAACCUCCCACACUACCCCAAAGCAGUAAAAAAAUUAAUAGCUUUUUGACAUCUCUUUCUGUGCUGACAGAAUACAUGACUUUUUGCAUGAUAAAAACAGAGAGCCCUCAAACUGAACUCUUGAGCGAUGCCAGCGCCACUGGAUUUUUUCCAUUAUUCCCCUUUAACCAGGGACUGAUUUAGACCUGGGACACCAGGUGGGUGAUUCCCCUUUAACCAGGGACUGAUUCAGACCUGGGACACCAGGUGGGUGAUUCCCCUUUAACCAGGGACUGAUUUAGACCUGGGACACCAGGUGGGUGAUUCCCCUUUAACCAGGGACUGAUUUAGACCUGGGACACCAGGUGGGUGAUUCCCCUUUAACCAGGGACUGAUUUAGACCUGGGACACCAGGUGGGUGAUUCCCCUUUAACCAGGGACUGAUUUAGACCUGGGAAACCAGGUGGGUGAUUCCCCUUUAACCAGGGACUGAUUUAGACCUGGGACACCAGGUGGGUGAUUCCCCUUUAACCAGGGACUGAUUUAGACCUGGGACACCAGGUGGGUGAUUCCCCUUUAACCAGGGACUGAUUUAGACCUGGGACACCAGGUGGGUGAUUCCCCUUUAACCAGGGACUGAUUUAAACCUGGGACACCAGGUGGGUGAUUCCCCUUUAACCAGGGACUGAUUUAAACCUGGGACACCAGGUGGGUGAUUCCCCUUUAACCAGGGACUGAUUUAGACCUGGGACACCAGGUGGGUGAUUCCCCUUUAACCAGGGACUGAUUUAGACCUGGGACACCAGGUGGGUGAUUCCCCUUUAACCAGGGACUGAUUUAGACCUGGGACACCAGGUGGGUGAUUCCCCUUUAACCAGGGACUGAUUUAGACCUGGGACACCAGGUGGGUGAUUCCCCUUUAACCAGGGACUGUUUUAAAACCUGGGACACCAGUGGGUGAUAACCAGGGACUGAGUAGAGUUGAAUACCUGGUGAUCCCUUAACCAGCUGGUAGACUGGGAACCAGGUGGGUGAUCCCCGAUAUAACCAGGAUGCAUCUGAUGACUAAUGGUGGGUAGAGUUGUCCCUCUGAUUAACCACUGAUUUAGACCUGGACGGUGGGUAGAGUUGAUACCCCGGUUGUAACCAGCAGGCUUGGACCGUGGGUAAAGUUGAAUACCCUGGUAUAGUAACCAGCAGGCUCGGACCUGGUAGGGUAAGAGUUGAAUACCCUGGAUAGUAACCAGCGUGACUGGUAGGGUAGAGUUAAAUACCCCUGGUAUAGUAACCAGCAGGACCUGGUAGGUAGAGUUGAAUACCCCUGGUAUAGUAACCAGAGCCAGGACCGGGUAGGGUAAAGUUGAUGAAAAGCCCCUGGUAUAGUACCAUAGCUUUGACCUGGUAGGGUAAGAGUUGAAUACCCCUGGUAUAGUAACCAGCAGGCUCGGACCUGGUAGGGUAAGAGUUGAAUACCUCCUGGUAUAGUAACCAGCAGGCUCUGGACCUGGUAGGGUAAGAGUUGAAUACCUCUGGUAUAGUAACCAGCAGGCUCUGGACCUGGUAGGGUAAGAGUUGAAUACCCCUGGUAUAGUAACCAGCAGGACCUGGUAGGGUAAGAGUUGAAUACCCCUGGUAUAGUAACCACAGCGGACCUGGUAGGGUAAGAGUUGAAUACCCCUGGUAUAGUAACCAGCAGGACCUGGUAGGGUAAGAGUUGAAUACCCCUGGUAUAGUAACCAGCAGGCUCUGGACCUGGUAGGGUAAGAGUUGAAUACCCCUGGUAUAGUAACCAGCAGGCCGGACCUGGUAGGGUAAGAGUUGAAUACCCUGGUAUAGUAACCAGCAGGCCGGACCUGGUAGGGUAAGAGUUGAAUACCCUGGUAUAGUAACCAGCAGCGGACCUGGUAGGGUAAGAGUUGAAUACCCCUGGUAUAGUAACCAGCAGGCCGGACCUGGUAGGGUAAGAGUUGAAUACCCCUGGUAUAGUAACCAGCAGGACCUGGUAGGGUAAGAGUUGAAUACCCCUGGUAUAGUAACCAGCAGCUCUGGACCUGGUAGGGUAAGAGUUGAAUACCCUGGUAUAGUAACCAGCAGACCGGACCUGGUAGGGUAAGAGUUGAAUACCCCUGGUAUAGUAACCAGCAGGCCGGACCUGGUAGGGUAAGAGUUGAAUACCCCUGGUAUAGUAACCAGCAGGACCCUGGUAGGUAAGAGUUGAAUACCCUGGUAUGUACCAGCGGACCUGGUAGGGUAAGAGUUGAAUACCCCUGGUAUAGUAACCAGCAGGCUCUGGACCUGGUAGGGUAAGAGUUGAAUACCCCUGGUAUAGUAACCAGCAGGACCUGGUAGGGUAAGAGUUGAAUACCCCUGGUAUAGUAACCAGCGGGACCUGGUAGGGUAAGAGUUGAAUACCCCUGGUAUAGUAACCAGCAGGCUCUGGACCUGGUAGGGUAAAAGUUGAAUACCCCUGGUAUAGUAACCAGCAGGCUCCGGACCUGGUAGGGUAAGAGUUGAAUACCCCUGGCAUAGUAACCAGCAGGCUCUGGACCUGGUAGGGUAAGAGUUAAAUACCCCUGGUAUAGUAACCAGCAGGCUCUGGACCUGGUAGGGUAAGAGUUGAAUACCCCUGGUAUAGUAACCAGCAGGACCUGGUAGGGUAAGAGUUGAAUACCCCUGGUAUAGUAACCAGCAGGCUCUGGACCUGGUAGGGUAACAGUUGAAUACCCCUGGUAUAGUAACCAGCAGGACCUGGUAGGGUAAGAGUUGAAUACCUCUGGUAUAGUAACCAGCAGGACCUGGUAGGGUAAGAGUUGAUUACCUCUGGUAUAGUAACCAGCAGGACCCAGACCUGGUAGGGUAAGAGUUGAAUACCUCUGGUAUAGUAACCAGCAGGCUCUGGACCUGGUAGGGUAAGAGUUGAUUACCUCUGGUAUAGUAACCAGCAGGACCUGGUAGGGUAAGAGUUGAAUACCCCUGGUAUAGUAACCAGCAGGACCUGGUAGGGUAAGAGUUGAAUACCUCUGGUAUAGUAACCAGCAGGACCUGGACCUGGUAGGGUAAGAGUUGAAUACCCCUGGCAUAGUAACCAGCAGGCUCUGGACCUGGUAGGGUAAGAGUUGAAUACCCCUGGUAUAGUAACCAGUAGGCUCUGGACCUGGUAGGGUAAGAGUUGAAUACCUCUGGUAUAGUAACCAGCAGGCUCCGGACCUGUUAGGGUAAGAGUUGAAUACCUCUGGUAUAGUAACCAGUAGGCUCUGGACCUGGUAGGGUAAGAGUUGAAUACCCCUGGUAUAGUAACCAGCAGGACCUGGUAGGGUAAGAGUUGAAUAACCCUGGUAUAUUAACCAGCAGGACCUGGUAGGGUAAGAGUUGAAUACCUCUGGUAUAGUAACCAGCAGGACCUGGUAGGGUAAGAGUUGAAUACCCCUGGUAUAGUAACCAGCAGGCUUCGGACCUGGUAGGGUAAGAGUUGAAUACCUCUGGUAUAGUAUCCAGCAGGCUUCGGACCUGGUAGGGUAAGAGUUGAAUACCCCUGGUAUAGUAACCAGCAGGCUCCGGACCUGUUAGGGUAAGAGUUGAAUACCUCUGGUAUAGUAACCAGUAGGCUCUGGACCUGGUAGGGUAAGAGUUGAAUACCCCUGGUAUAGUAACCAGCAGGACCUGGACCUGGUAGGGUAAGAGUUGAAUACCCCUGGCAUAGUAACCAGCAGGCUCUGGACCUGGUAGGGUAAGAGUUGAAUACCCCUGGUAUAGUAACCAGUAGGCUCUGGACCUGGUAGGGUAAGAGUUGAAUACCUCUGGUAUAGUAACCAGUAGGCUCUGGACCUGGUAGGGUAAGAGUUGAAUACCCCUGGUAUAGUAACCAGCAGGACCUGGACCUGGUAGGGUAAGAGUUGAAUACCCCUGGUAUAGUAACCAGCAGGCUCCGGACCUGGUAGGGUAAGAGUUGAAUACCUCUGGUAUAGUAACCAGCAGGCUCUGGACCUGGUAGGGUAAGAGUUGAAUACCCCUGGCAUAGUAACCAGCAGGACCUGGUAGGGUAAGAGUUGAUUACCUCUGGUAUAGUAACCAGCAGGACCCGGACCUGGUAGGGUAAGAGUUGAAUACCCCUGGUAUAGUAACCAGCAGGACCCAGACCUGGUAGGGUAAGAGUUGAAUACCCCUGGUAUAGUAACCAGCAGGACCUGGUAGGGUAAGAGUUGAAUACCCCUGGUAUAGUAACCAGCAGGACCUGGUAGGGUAAGAGUUGAAUACCCCUGGUAUAGUAACCAGCAGGCUCUGGACCUGGUAGGGUAACAGUUGAAUACCUCUGGUAUAGUAACCAGCAGGACCUGGUAGGGUAAGAGUUGAAUACCCCUGGUAUAGUAACCAGCAGGCUCUGGACCUGGUAGGGUAACAGUUGAAUACCUCUGGUAUAGUAACCAGCAGGACCUGGUAGGGUAAGAGUUGAAUACCUCUGGUAUAGUAACCAGCAGGACCUGGACCUGGUAGGGUAAGAGUUGAAUACCCCUGGUAUAGUAACCAGCAGGACCUGGUAGGGUAAGAGUUGAAUACCCCUGGUAUAGUAACCAGCAGGACCUGGACCUGGUAGGGUAAGAGUUGAAUACCCCUGGUAUAGUAACCAGCAGGACCUGGUAGGGUAAGAGUUGAAUACCCCUGGUAUAGUAACCAGCAGGCUCUGGACCUGGUAGGGUAAGAGUUGAAUACCCCUGGUAUAGUAACCAGCAGGACCUGGUAGGGUAAGAGUUGAAUAACCCUGGUAUAGUAACCAGCAGGCUCUGGACCUGGUAGGGUAAGAGUUGAAUACCUCUGGUAUAGUAACCAGCAGGACCUGGUAGGGUAAGAGUUGAAUACCCCUGGUAUAGUAACCAGCAGGACCUGGUAGGGUAAGAGUUGAAUACCCCUGGUAUAGUAACCAGCAGGACCUGGUAGGGUAAGAGUUGAUUACCUCUGGUAUAGUAACCAGCAGGACCUGGUAGGGUAAGAGUUGAUUACCUCUGGUAUAGUAACCAGCAGGACCUGGACCUGGUAGGGUAAGAGUUGAAUACCCCUGGUAUAGUAACCAGCAGGACCUGGUAGGGUAACAGUUGAAUACCCCUGGUAUAGUAACCAGCAGGCUCUGGACCUGGUAGGGUAACAGUUGAAUACCUCUGGUAUAGUAACCAGCAGGCUCAGGACCUGGUAGGGUAACAGUUGAAUAACCCUGGUAUAGUAACCAGCAGGCUCUGGACCUGGUAGGGUAAGAGUUGAAUACCCCUGGUAUAGUAACCAGCAGGACCUGGUAGGGUAAGAGUUGAAUACCCCUGGUAUAGUAACCAGCAGGCUCUGGACCUGGUAGGGUAAGAGUUGAAUACCCCUGGCAUAGUAACCAGCAGGACCUGGUAGGGUAAGAGUUGAAUACCCCUGGUAUAGUAACCAGCAGGACCUGGUAGGGUAAGAGUUGAAUACCUCUGGUAUAGUAACCAGUAGGCUCUGGACCUGGUAGGGUAAGAGUUGAAUACCUCUGGUAUAGUAACCAGCAGGACCUGGUAGGGUAAGAGUUGAAUACCUCUGGUAUAGUAACCAGCAGGCUCUGGACCUGGUAGGGUAAGAGUUGAAUACCCCUGGUAUAGUAACCAGCAGGCUCUGGACCUGGUAGGGUAAGAGUUGAAUACCCCUGGCAUAGUAACCAGCAAGACCUGGUAGGGUAAGAGUUGAUUACCUCUGGUAUAGUAACCAGCAGGACCCGGACCUGGUAGGGUAAGAGUUGAAUACCCCUGGUAUAGUAACCAGCAGGCUCUGGACCUGGUAGGGUAAGAGUUGAAUACCCCUGGUAUAGUAACCAGCAGGACCUGGUAGGGUAAGAGUUGAAUACCUCUGGUAUAGUAACCAGCAGGCUCUGGACCUGGUAGGGUAAGAGUUGAAUACCUCUGGUAUAGUAACCAGCAGGACCUGGUAGGGUAAGAGUUGAAUACCCUUGGUAUAGUAACCAGCAGGACCUGGUAGGGUAAGAGUUGAAUACCUCUGGUAUAGUAACCAGCAGGACCUGGACCUGGUAGGGUAAGAGUUGAAUACCCCUGGUAUAGUAACCAGCAGGACCUGGACCUGGUAGGGUAAGAGUUGAAUACCUCUGUUCUAGAGGUUCACCUCGUCUGUUGGAUGCAGGUCUGGACACCAUCUACCUCCUGACCCUGAAGAAGGCGUAUGAGUUGAGGGUGGACAUGGAGGACUUCGGACAACAGAAAGCCUUCGCUUUCUACUCCUCCUUCGCCAUCUCUCCCGAAGUCACCGACCCUGAACUGGACGGCUACAAGCUCCACGUUACUGGCUUUAAAGACGGAGGUGCAGGUGAGAGCAGUUCAACUUCAUUAGAUCAACAUCAGGGGUGUGGUCAUUAGUCGAGAGUUCAGCUGGGUCCCUUCAUUCGGUUCUGUUUGGUUCCUAGUGAAUACAGCCCUGGGCCCAUUCGGUUCUGUUUGGUUCCUAGUGAAUACAGCCCUGGGCCCAUUCGGUUCUGUUUGGUUCCUAGUGAAUACAGCCCUGGGCCCAUUCGGUUCUGUUUGGUUCCUAGUGAAUACAGCCCUGGGCCCAUUCGGUUCUGUUUGGUUCCUAGUGAAUACAGCCCUGGGCCCAUUCGGUUCUGUUUGGUUCCUAGUGAAUACAGCCCUGGGCCCGUACUCAUAAAUAGUCUCAGAGCUGAUCUAGGAUCCGUUUAUUUUAGAUCAUGAUGAAUAGUAUUACAUGGAAAGGACGGGGGGGGACCUGGUCCUAGAUCACAUUGAGAAUGGCACACACCCUAUUCCCUAUAGAGUACAGAACGUUUGACCAGGGGCUCUGGGCAGUAGCCUUUAUGGUGAAUAGGUUACUUAACAUCUGACCUGUGUUUCCUGCUCGAACCCAGGAGAUUCUCUCACCUAUCACAGUGGUAUGAAGUUCUCCACCUUCGACCGAGACCAGGACACUACUGAAACCAACUGCGCAGUUGCCGCAGUAGGAGGGUAUUGGUUCAACGAGUGUUACCACUCAAACCCCAACGGUCUUUAUACAUGGGGAUUCAACUCACAGAUGGGAGUCAACUGGAGGGCAUGGAAGACCUUCUACUCUGUGAAAGCCAUAUCCAUGAAGAUCAGGCCU